AGUGCGCCCAACAAGCCAAGAUGGUGACUCGUUUGAAGGUCCUGAGCACGUUUAAAGCGCUGCACAGAACAAGGAUGGCUGUGUUCAAAGAGGACGGCAGAGCACUGACUGCUGCAAGGUUAAAAAUCAACGAGGAGUUCAAGAAAAACAAAAAUGAAACAUCAGAAGAAAACAUUAAGAAGAUGAUCAAAAUGGGCUCAGAUGUGGAAGUUGUUCUUCGAGAAGCUGUUAUACAAAUGGAGCAUGUUGGAGAUAAGAAACUCUUGCUGCGACCCAGAGAGAGCCUUCUACUAGAAAAUGUGCCCUAUUGUGACCAGCCCAGAAAGAAGUCCCGAUAGACCAUCUCAUCACAUUUUCAUAAAAAAAAGAGACUCACUACUAUCCAGUACCAUCCGUCUGCAUUUCAAAGGAUUUAACUCAAAACAACAUUUAAGGUUCAGGAUCUCCUGAACAAACAACAUUUUAAAGAACGUCACUGCAUGGAGAAUUGUUUUUACUCACUGAAGAGCUCUGCCAUUCUGCUUUAAGAAAUCUGUGCUGGUAACUGGAUAAUUUCUUGUAUUAUUUUUAUUUUGACAUGUAAUUUAAAUAUGGAGUUUUCUGUCAUAUUUUCAGUAGCUUAUGAUUCAGCCGAAGUGUGUGUGUGUGUUGGGGGGGUGCUUUACUGCCACUGAAAAUGUUUGAUUGUGCUCUGAUUAAAGGGAAUUAUUCUCAGACAGUUUAAGGUUUAAUGUAUGGAUCAAACCACUGUAUGAUGGAUGGAUCUGAAAUGACGGGGAAAAAGACACAGCACCCCCCAAAAAAAUGCAUGGCUGCAAUAGUUGUCAGAGUUUCCUUGAAACAAUCCAGUGUUAUUGGAUUGAUUCUUUGUAUUUUCCCCUGAGUGUCAAAUAUACCAGUGAUAAAGAUGUGACAAAGAA